GCCCGUUGCUCCUCUGCGAGCUGCUAUCGACGGCCAUCAGCCCACACGUGAACAUUCAUGGCAGCCCCACCCGCCUCACUCAAGGCCAUCAAGCCCUAUCUCGAUCGCGGCUCGGAGAUCAAGGCGCGGGACCCGAUCGUCGCCUACCACUGCCGCCUCUACGCGCUGCAGGAGGCGAUGCGGCUGCGAUCGACGGUGCCCAAGGAGGACAUGGUUUAUGUUCUCGGGCUGAUGGAUGAUCUCGAAAAGGAGAAGGCUGGCUUGGGCGACCUCGACGACGCGGCCGCGGUGGUGGAGAACUUCGGUCAGGAGCUCUUCCUCAAGGCGGACGAUGCCGACCGGGCGGGCAAGUCGGACAUGCGCACCGGCAAGGCUUUCCUGGCGGCCUGCCACGUGCUCGAGGCGUGCAAGCAGUUUGGAGAGCUGCCGCUCGACCUCGAGGAAAAGAUCAAGUACGCAAAGGUGCGCUUCGUCAAGAUUGCAAAGGCGACGAAGGAGGGUCGCCCAGUCACUCCGCCGCCCGGCACCGAGCCCCCCGUCGCAGCAGACGCCUCUUCGGACCCCGUCGGCGACCCGGACCCGCCGCCACCCGACUACCCGCCUCCGCCUCCGCCCGGCGACGCGCCGCCCUCGUACCUCUCGCUGCCCGAGGCGCCUCCCUCCGGGAGAGGGAGCUACGACGCGCUGCCGCCGCCCCCGCCGGUCCCAAACCUGCCGGAAACGCCGAGUGCGCGCGGGUCCUCCGCUCUGCCGGGCACGCCGGGCAGCUCGGUGCCGCCGGUGCCGCCGUACAAUUUUGCAGCGCCGCCCCCGCUGCAGAGCGGCUUCAAGCCGACGGCAUCGCAGACGCGGGAGGCGAUCGGGCUCUGCCAGUCCGCCAUCUCGGCACUCCAGUUCCGGGACCACGAGACGGCGGUCAGCACGCUCUCCGCCGCGAUCGGCCUUUUGUGCUCGGGCGCGCCGCCGCCGGCGUGAUGGAGCGCCCAAGCCGGGCGGCAGGCAGCUCAAUAGCUCGCGGCAAUCCACGCACCGCGCCGUUUGGCCGCCGAAGAGAGGUAGAGAGCGUCGCCGAGACUGUUUGCCCCGAGCUCCCGACACCAAGGGGUCUGUGCAGAUUUGGUGUGUCGUGUGAGCCAGGGUGAGAGGCGUGGUAUGGUUCUCGUGCGUGUGCGUCGCACCUCUUUAAGGUUCUUCGCACUUCGGGCCCCGCUUUAGCGCUUUAAAGGGGGACGAACCGAACCAC